AUGGGUGAUGUACAUGGCCGGCACCACAAGUGGGAUAAGAUGGAAGAUGCAACAGUCCUGGAGGAGGUGAUGCUCUUUCUCCGUAAAAUAUGGAGAGGAACUCCUGUCGACGCUGCGGCCUUGACGCCUGCCCAGAUAGACUACAUUGAGGAGGGCACUCCGAUCUUCUAUACAGGCAGAGAGAGCUGCAUUCAAGACAAGAUUGACAGACUUGCUACACAGCUACCAUAUAUUGCAGCAACUGGCGGUCGCGGGAGGACGCUCUUCAGGACCAACAAGCUCAUGCUCGGCCUCGGUCAUGUCGCCGUCCAGCCUGGAGAUAUCGUUGUCCUUCUUUGGGGAGAGAAGUCGCCAUUCAUUAUUCGCACGAGAGAAAAUGGGGGUUUCACAUUUGUUGGGGACGCAUAUAUUGAUGGGAUAAUGUAUGGGGAAUUCCUGAGAACGGAGCCACUCCAGGAGGUAUUUGACAUUUACUAA